AUGGCACUGGAGACUUCUACUGUUGUUUGUUGUGUUAGUGGACAACUUGAACCAUUAAAGGUUAAGCAUGCAAUAUUAUUAAUAGCUCUAAGUAGUAUAUAGGUGAAUUUUUACUAAGUACUCUUUGUGGAAAACCUCUGUUUUAGAAAAACUUGUACAUGUUGUGGGUUAAAAUCAUUGUUUAUGUGUAGCUGUUUUUUCUCUUAGGUGCAGUAGCCCUUGCACUUUGCCGUACAAUGGUCACUAUGACAACACAGAUGCCACAUGUUGUGGCUCCUUUAAGAAAUGAAAUUGUAUCUCAUUUUAACAAAGUUGUGGUUGUUGCUAAUAACAGCAGCCAGGAAUCAAAAGAUUUAGUGGUAUGUAUGUAUGUAUGUACUUGGCUCUGUUCCUCCGGUGUCUGUAUUAUGGAGUUUUCACUGUAAACGGACCCGAAACUGUAAUCUUUUUAAUUUUAACUGUAUAUUUAACAAUUAUUCCACGAGUAGGCAUUGGAUAUGAGUUGAGUAGUAUAGGGUGCACCGAAUUAACCCCUUUUUUGGAGAGGAUUCUCAUUAAGGUGGGGAGGAAUACAUUAACGCCGAUGACGUCAUAGGCUAUUGUCUUGAUCUCAUGAAUAAAAUGCGCAGGAAUCUCAUUAACAUAAGGUCGUGUGCUAUUUUAAGUUGGUUUAGGUUUUCUAGUUACUUUAAGGUCGAUAAACGUCUUCGUUUUCUAUUGGUUAGUUAGAAAUAAGAAAAGUUUUCAUUGGUUAAUUCAUAGUGCCUGAGGAGUAAAGUCAAACUUGUCUCUGACAUAAAUCACUGAGACGUAACGUAAUUAUGCAAGUUCCAUUUCCUGCUGCUGCGAUUGUCCUGGUUCCGGUUCACUGAUUUUUGGCAGGUAAAUCGUGCAUAUUAAUGAGGGCAAAGGCCAACUAGCUCUUUUUUACACUGCAAACAAUGUUUUACUCACCCCUCUCCUUUUCAUUUUUUUUACUUUCCUCCUCCUCCACAAUUUUAUUAUUUUCGUUCCUCAAUUCCCUCCUCCUCCUCAUUUUUAUUGUUUUCCCUCCUCCUCCUCCUCCUCCUCAUUUUUGUUUUCCCUCCUCCUCCUCCUCCUCCUCCCCAUUUUUUGUUUUCUCUCCUCCUCCUCCUCAUUUUUGUUUUCCCUCCUCCUCCUCCUACUCCUCAUUUUUAUUGUUUUCCCUCCUCCUCCUCCUCCUCCUCAUUUUUAUUGUUUUCUCUCCUCCAAAAAAUGGGGAGGAGGAGGAGGAGGAGGAGGAGGAGGGAAAACAAAAAUGAGGAGGAGGAGGAGGAGGAGGGAAAACAAUAAAAAUGAGGAGGAGGAGGGAAUUGAGGAACGAAAAUAAUAAAAUUGUGGAGGAGGAGGAAAGUAAAAAAAAUGAAAAGGAGAGGGGUGAGUAAAACAUUGUUUGCAGUGUAAAAAAGAGCUAGUUGGCCUUUGCCCUCAUUAAUAUGCACGAUUUACCUGCCAAAAAUCAGUGAACCGGAACCAGGACAAUCGCAGCAGCAGGAAAUAGAACUUGCAUAGUUACGUUACGUCUCAGUGAUUUUAAGUCAGAGACAAGUUUGACUUUACUCCUCAGGCACUAUGAAUUAACCAAUGAAAACUUUUCUUAUUUUCUAACUAACCAAUAGAAAACGAAGACGUUUAUCGACCUUAAAGUAACUAGAAAACCUAAACCAACUUAAAAUAGCACACGACCUUAUCUUAAUGAGAUUCCUGCGCAUUUUAUUCAUGAGAUCAAGACAAUAGCCUAUGACGUCAUCGGCGUUAAUGUAUUCCUCCCCACCUUAAUGAGAAUCCUCCCCAAAAAAGGGGUUAAUUCGGUGCACCCUAUACUACUGAGUUGGCUAUAAUCAUCUCAUAUCCAACAAGCGCGAGUAGAAUAAUUGUUUUAUUAAAAACGCCCACAAAAUAUCGAGAAUUCUUCCCGACUUUAUUUGUAAAAACAACCGAUUUUCAGCUUGUUUUUAAUUUUGAGCAGACGUGUACAGUUACCGUAUUUAGAGAGCAUGGUAUAAAGGCUCAUAUACCAUGAUGGCUGACCCAAUCCGAGCUCUAGAAUUGCAUUAUCCAAUGAUUCAGUUAUUAAUAAUUCUUGUUAUUUUAGGUUGGCAUGGCAACUUUGAUUUUCCAGUCAUAUCAAGGUGUGUCACAGGAGGAUGAAAGAAAAUUAAAAUUAGACAAUAUGAUAUUAGAGCAGCUGGAGAGAUUAGUAACAUCCUCAAGAUAG